AUGCCCGUUUCACCGGCUGCCAUGCACCUCAUAAUGCGACAAGUGCAAGAUAUUAAUUCGAAUCCCACGGAAGGGAUUCGGUUGGUGAGAUCUGAUGAUCUCAGCGAGUUGUUAUUUGAGAUCACUGGACCUGAAGGAACUCCCUUCGCUGGCGGCUCAUUUCAAGUUGUGUUUCAUUUUGAUGAGGGAUAUCCGGAGGUGCCACCACGGGGUGUAUUCCGGACCAAAAUAUUUCAUCCCAACAUAGCAGAAAAGGGAGACAUUUGUGUGAAUGUACUCAAAAGGGACUGGAAUCCAAGUUUGGGUUUGCGGCAUGUACUCACGAUUGUGCGGUGUCUUCUUAUUGAACCGAAUGCAGAAAGUGCGCUAAAUGAAGAGGCAGCACGGCUCCUGAUGGAGGAUUAUGAUGCAUACAGGCGCAAGGCAGAUAUGAUGACAAAAGUACAUGCGAUAAAAAGUGGGAGGGCUCCAAUGGAAUCCCAACGGCCUUUUAAUGGAGUCGAUGGCUUUCAAGAAAACGGCGGGGUGACGAGCAGCGGCAAAUGUAAUGAUGAGGAGGAAAAUGACAGCAAUAACGCAGUGGGUGGAGGUGGUUUAAGGCUUUCGCUUCAUAUGAACAAUGUAGACAAUAAAGGGACAUUGGGGGAAUUACCGGCUUCCUCAUCAUUAUCAUUAUCAUCAUCAGCGGCAGCAGCAGCAGCCACAGCGGCAAAAAAAGCUGUGGAGAAGAAGCGGGCAGCACUCAGACGUAUUUGA